GUGAGACUUGGUGUUGAUGUCUAGAUACACUGAAGACAGACUGUGGAGGUUGCACUUCAGAAGUGUCUGUUGAUUAUGUGCUUGAUAUUAUCACUGAGAUAUCUUUUUGUAUUUUUCUGCUGGGGAUGGGCCAGAUUGAGAAGGGCGGUAUGAGGGUGGGACUUGGUGUUGGUGUUUUGAAACAUCAAAGAUGGACAGGGUUUUCGCGGAGAUCACUUCUCAGAUAUCUCCACAAUUACAGAUCAGGGAUCUUCCAAAAUCGAGAAGAUUGGCGCAUAUGGCUAGGUCUCUUCACCUUACAAUUUGUAUGGCAAUUUGGCCCGGGGUUGUGGUGUGGUAGGGGAGAAUGGGGGAUAAUCCCACACAGGAGUUUCGAACAACAUCUGGUUCACGUUUGGCUGGAUAACUCCACCACCACACGGGGUAUGCGGUCGGUGAUGGGGUCAAAAUGCUCGUAUGAUCGAGGGCUUUUCGAUGGAUCUAUCGGCGGGUUCUUAUUCGAAAAGUCGAGCGAGUUCGUGGUGGAGCGGAUUCGCUGUCUGAUCAAUAAACAUUCUUUAGAAAAGAUAUGA